AGAAAAUGGGCGGCAACCCCAGUUGGCCGUGUCGAACGCGGCAGGUUCGAACGGCCCCGAGGGGGCGAACGCGCCCGACGAGGGCGCGGAGAAGGGCGAAGACAUCGUCGAGAACGUCAUGCGCGAUGAAAAUGACAUCGGCGCGCAGGAACCCGAGGAACAGGACGAAAACCCGCCCGCGUCGCCCCGCUCGGAGCCAGCGGCGAACGCGUUCGGCCCGGGGGGCUUCCAAGAGGACGCCCCCGAGGAGGGUGAGAAGCGCGUCCCGAUCGGCGACGCCUCCGCGGACGCCGCGGGUUCUCCGGUCGAGCCCGCCAAAGAACCCGAGGGUAACACGGUGGAUCAGGAGCAGUCCGCCGGGGCGCAACCCGUCGUUGCUGCGAACUCGGCCGACGCGUCGGAUCCCUCGGACGCUGCGGCCCCCGACAACACGCUGAGGACGGCUCAGCACGCGAUCUUGCUGCGACAGCAGGCGAUCAAGUACAAGGGUUGCUGCCAGGUGGACGACUGCUUGAACCCCCGUAAGCAGCCCACGGCGAACAGUCGCAUGCCCUUGACCUGCGCGGAACACAACGGGAUGCUGUCGUUGACUUACGGCGGCGAGGCGAGCAGAGAGUGCCAGGCGUGCCGCGCCUUCCACCCGGUGUCCGCCUUUGAUCGCGACAACAAGACGUGCGAGACCCGCCUGCUGCGCAAGAAGCUGAGGUACAGAGCCAAGACGCUGCAGCAGCGCGACGAACAUCGCGGGCAGGUUGGGAAACAGAAGGCAAGGCGCCACGAAGCCGCGCUGCAGGCGGUAGCGGCAGCGACUGCGCAGCCUGGGGUUGGUGUGGGCCUCGGCCAGUUCAGCCACCUCCAGGGUCCUGCAGGUUUUAUGCUCCCCUUCGGGGGCAAGUUCCUUGGAGUCGCGCACAAGGACGGAGGCGCUGACGCGUUGGCAGCGGCUCGCGAGAGCAUCGCAUCAGUAAACCCGUAUGGUAUGUUUCCGGGUCUCACUCAUAUGCCCUUUGGACAGGGUGCAGUGGAGGGUUCCGCAGCAGCCGCGGCGAGUGCCUUCGCGGCAAGCUUCGGCACGGGACUCGGCGGCGAUGACAACAAGAUCGCCAUUCCUCAGCCCGGAGGAAUCAACCUUCAAUCUCUCGCCGGUUUUCCUACCAGAUCCAACCCCGCGGAACUCGCCGAGUCCUCCCCUGCCGCCGCGCAGGCGUACCUCGCGGCCUUGGUUCAGGGUAACACCGGGUUGAGUGCCCUCGCACUGCAGGGUGCUGGGCUCACGGGUGGUAUCCCUGGCCUCGCUGGACUUCAGAACCCUGACGUUCUCGCGAAUCUUGCUCGGCAGAAUAAUUUACAGGAGCAAGUCGCAGCUCUCAGGGCGAACCAUAUGCUCAGAAUAGCGCAGGCUGCGGAGAUGCAGGCAUCAGUGGCAAUGGCCAACUCGCGCUCAACGGGAGGAGACAUUUUGAACCGCCAGAACCUUUAUCCACACCUUGCGAGCGACCCCGCCCAGGCUGGGUGCAGCAUCAUGUGAAAAUUGUUCCGUCAAAUAUAAACCCUUAAUUGUGUAAUACUUAACGUAACGGUACUAGUUGCUG